AUGGCCACCACAACAACCCACAACCCGGCCGCCCGGCCGCCCGUCGCGGCCGUCCUCCCACCGCUGUUUCUGGGCACAGCAACCUUCAACACCCAGCACGUCAAGGACCCCCUGCAGAUGCCGUACCGGCAGAUUGUCUCGCGGGCACUCGAACUCGGCGUCAAUGGCUUCGACACGUCGCCGUACUACGGCCCCUCGGAGGUCCUGCUUGGCGACGCGCUGGCUGCCCACACUGCUGCGACCAACCUGCCCCGGGAGGCCUACGUCCUGGUGACCAAGGCCGGCCGCAUCGCCGGCAACGAGUUUGACUACUCGCCGGCGUACGUGCGCCACUCCGUCCUCCGCUCUCUCAAGCGCCUCAACACCACGUACCUCGACCUCGUGUACAUGCACGACGUCGAGUUCGUCUCUCCGGCCGAGGUCCUCGGCGCCGUCCAGAUGCUGCGUCAGCUGCGCGACGAGGGCAAGAUCCGGUACGUCGGCAUCAGCGGGUUCCCCGUCCACGUGCUCUGCAGCCUUGCCGAGAUGGUCCUGGCCGAGACCGGCGAGCCGCUCGACGCCAUCCUCAGCUACGGCCACUUCACCAUCCAGAACCCCACCCUCGGCCUGCCCGAGGUCUUGGCAGGCCCUGACCACAACGACGACCAGAGCCCUCUGCGGAGGUUUAAAAAUGCCGGUGUGCAGAUCGUCCUCAACGCCAGCAUGCUGGGCAUGGGCCUGCUCACGUCGACCGGCAUCCCUUCGAGCUCCGAGGGCGGAGAGGGCAAGGCCGGUGUCAUUGCGUCGUGGCACCCGGCGCCGGACGAGCUGCGCUCGGCCUGCAGGCAGCUUUCGACGAUAGCUAGCGAGGCGGGAGAGCGGCUGGAGACCGUUGCCCUUCAUUGGUCGAUGGAAGAGUACGCCCGUGUCGGCGCUUCAGCCGGCCUUGGCGUCCAGCUUCCCGGCCAGAGUGGCCUGCGCGUCGGUGGCAGUGUCAUGGGCGUGACGAACACAGCCGAGCUGGAGCAGACCGUGGCGGCUUGGAACCAUGUGCUCGAGGGGCUCGCCGCGGGCAGCGAGGCCGAGGCGGCGACCGCUAGGUACGAGAAGCUCAAGGCGCUGGUGGAGCAGAAGAUGUGGCCGGCGCUGGGCGUCUGGAAGGGUUACAGCUGGGCGAGCCCCGAAGAUGGCUUCCAGAAUGAGAGAAGUCCGGACAAGAUGGGACAGGUGCCGGAGCGGGAUGAGCUUAUGGACAUUCUCUCUAGAGCUCCCGGCAACUUGUGA